AAGAUUUUCAAUGAGUCCAAAGCAUUACAGUCACUAAAUGCAGAGAAUUAGCUGGUCCAGAUCCCAAGAACCCACGUAUCAACAAUAAGUUAAUCCCCAUAUUCCAUCACUUAUAUCUAAUUAAAACCCAUUCAUCAUCAACGACUUCUCUCUCCAAAAUCUAUUUAUUUCCAUUCCUUUCCAUCUUUUUUUUUUUUAACUUUCUCUUUCACAGAUUCAUAUAGUCCCCACUUUCCACUUUUUUUGCCUUUGUUCCACAUAGCUCAGUGAUAUGCUACCCUCCAACUAAAGGGCUAACAGACACCAGAAGAACACAACAUGAUGAAAACCUCUGUGCUGUUCUUCUACUGUUACGUUGGUUUUUAUCUUGUUGCCUUUUCUGGUGCUGUUCAAACUCUACCAAAUAAUGAGCUUUCGACUUUGCUAUCAAUCAAAGCCGGUCUGGUUGAUCCUAUGAAUGUCCUCAAAGACUGGAAAAUGCCAAGCAAAGCUGUGGAGAAUGGUUCAGUUGUACAUUGUAACUGGACUGGUGUUAUGUGCAACACUAAAGGCUUUGUUGAGAAGCUGGACCUUUCUCGCAUGAACCUUAGUGGUCAUGUAUCAGAUCAGAUUCAAAGUUUAAGUGGUCUUUCUUUUCUCAACAUUUGCUGCAAUGGGUUCUCAUCAUCUUUACCGAAAUCUCUUUCAAAUCUCACAGCGCUGAAGAUGAUAGAUGUGAGUGAAAACUACUUCAUUGGCAAGUUUCCAACAGGACUUGGAAGGUCUUCAGGGUUGACAUCGGUUAAUGCAUCAAGCAACAACUUCUCUGGCUUUCUUCCUGAGGAUCUUGGAAAUGCAACAUCAUUGGAAAUUCUGGAUUUUCGAGGGAGUUUCUUUGAAGGGUCAAUCCCAAUGUCUUACAAGGACUUGCAGAAACUGAAGUUUCUUGGCCUUUCAGGAAAUAAUCUCACAGGAAACAUUCCGAGAGAGCUCGGGAAACUUUCAUCUUUGGAGACUAUUAUUCUUGGAUACAAUGAGUUUGUAGGUCAAAUCCCAGCUGAGUUUGGUAAUCUUACAAAUCUUCAGUAUCUUGACUUGGCAGUUGGAAGUCUCAGUGGUCAAAUUCCACAUGAACUUGGUAGGCUAAAAAAACUAACCACUGUUUAUUUGUACAAAAACAACUUCACAGGAAGGAUUCCACCAGAGAUUGGUAGCAUAGCAUCUUUAGUGUUUUUGGAUCUCUCUGACAAUCAGAUUUCAGGAGAAAUUCCAGUGGAGCUCUCAGAAUUAAAGAAUUUGCAGCUCUUGAGCUUAAUGUGCAACAGACUAACUGGUCUAAUUCCUUACAAGCUAGGAGAGUUAACCAAGUUAGAGGUUCUUGAGCUAUGGAAGAAUUCUUUAACAGGUCCUCUGCCGAUGAACCUUGGAAAGAAUUCUCCUUUGCAGUGGUUAGAUGUGUCUUCGAAUUCAUUAUCCGGUGAUAUUCCACCAGGUUUGUGUGAUUCUGGCAAUCUCACUAAACUCAUACUUUUCAACAAUUCCUUUUCUGGUUUAAUCCCAGUCGGCCUUUCAAAUUGUUCGUCUCUUGUAAGAGUUCGUAUGCAAAAUAAUCAUAUUUCUGGAACAAUUCCAGUUGGUUUAGGAAAUCUGCCUAUUAUUCAAAGGCUAGAAUUGGCCAAAAACAACCUCACUGGCCAAAUUCCUUCAGAUAUUUCUCUGUCUUUAUCACUUUCUUUCAUUGAUGUUUCCUGGAAUCACCUUGAAUCAUCACUCCCUUCUAGUAUUCUGUCCAUUCCAAAUCUCCAAACUUUCAUGGCCUCAAACAACAACCUUGGAGGGAAAUUCCCAGACCAGUUUCAAGAUUGUCCAUCACUUUCAGUCCUUGAUCUUUCAAACAAUCAUUUCUCUGAACAGAUUCCACAGAGCAUUGCUUCUUGUGAAAAGCUGGUGAAUCUAAACCUUAGAAACAACCAAUUGACUGGUGAAAUCCCAAAAGCAAUAUCCACAAUGCCCACAUUAGCCAUCCUUGAUCUGUCAAACAAUUCUCUAGUUGGUCGAAUACCCGAAAACUUUGGUAGUUCACCGGCUCUUGAGAUGCUCAAUCUGUCCUACAACAAUCUUGAAGGUCCAGUACCUGCAAAUGGUAUAUUGGUGGCCAUAAAUCCCAAUGAUCUUAUAGGUAAUAAAGGUCUUUGCGGUGUUGUUCUUCCACCUUGCUCUCAAAGCUCUGUUAGAACAAGAAGAUCAAAGAACAUGCACAUCAAUCACAUCAUCAUUGGAUUUGUAAUUGGAACGGCAGUGAUUUCAUCACUUGGCCUGGCCUUUUUCACAGGGAGAUGGGUAUAUAACAAGUGGUAUUUGUAUAACAGUUUCUUCAGCGAUUUGUUUUCAAAGGCUGAUGAAGAUCAAUGGCCUUGGAGGCUGGUAGCAUUUCAGAGAGUGAACUUCACCAGCAAUGAAAUCCUAGCCUGCAUUAAAGAAUCAAAUGUCAUCGGCAUGGGAGGUACUGGUGUAGUUUACAAGGCUGAAGUACAUCGACCUCACUCGGCAGUUGCAGUCAAGAAACUAUGGAGAUCAGGAGGAGACGUCGAAAAUGGUGACGACCUUUUGGGCGAAGUGAAUCUCUUGGGAAGGCUUCGCCACAGGAACAUUGUAAGGCUAUUAGGAUAUCUUCACAAUGAAACAGAUGUUAUGAUGAUAUAUGAGUACAUGCAAAACGGGAACCUUGGGAACGCACUCCAUGGAAAUCAAGCAGGAAAGCUAUUAGUAGACUGGGUUUCAAGGUAUAAUAUAGCGGUGGGUGUUGCUCAAGGUUUGCAUUAUCUACACCAUGAUUGUCGCCCACCGGUUAUCCAUCGGGAUAUCAAGUCUAACAACAUACUGCUUGAUGCAAAUCUGGAUGCGAGAAUUGCAGAUUUUGGAUUGGCAAGGAUGAUGAUCCAUAAGAAUGAGACUGUUUCAAUGGUGGCUGGGUCUUAUGGAUAUAUUGCACCAGAAUACGGAUACAGUAUGAAGGUUGAUGAAAAGAUUGACAUAUAUAGCUAUGGAGUGGUUCUUUUGGAGCUUCUAUCUGGGAAGAUGCCACUAGAUCCCUCAUUUGGAGAAUCUGUGGAUAUAGUUGAAUGGGUUCGAAGAAAGAACAGAACCAAGAGACCCUUAGAAGAGGCACUGGACCUUAGUAUUGCUGGUCAAUGUAAGCAUAUCAAGGAAGAGAUGCUUAUGGUCCUCCGGAUUGCACUUCUUUGUACAGCAAAGUUUCCCAAGGAUAGGCCAUCUAUGAGGGAUAUAAUAACGAUGCUUGGUGAGGCAAAGCCAAGAAGAAAGAGUAUUUGUCAGAGUGGAGCACAAAAUGCAAUCAAAGAGAAACCAAUCUUUACCACCUCACCAGUAAUAGGCCUCCUGUAGGAACAACAUAUUCAGGCUGAUUUGCCUUGAGCCACUAGAUUCCUUUUAUGUAAAUUACCUUUUUGUUUUUAUUUCAAUUUCUAUUUCUUCUCCCAUCUAAAUUCCAUAGUAAUAUUACUUUACAGCCAGAUGGUACGUGUUUUCUUUUAACUUUGAAUAAAUUUGUUCUUACGCUAAACUCGUAGAAAACCAACAUUUGUAUAAAGACGACCAGAAAACUACCUUUUGCAGAACACAAGCUUCCAAUAUUCUUCAUUCUAUUGACAAUUAUAAUUACAUUGUUGUGAGGAAGAUACAACAAGGGAACUUUAAUCCCAUAAAUAGAAAUCAAUGGCGGUUAGGAAGGAAAAAUGUUGCCUCUAUCAAUGCGAAACAAUGGCCUAAUAUAACUAAUUCCUUUGCUAUAAAAAUGAAUAAAAUGUAAAUUAUAAGGGAGACAAUGCUCCUUGAAAAUACAAAGCUCCCCUCAAGCAACCAUGUAUCUCUUUGUUCAAGACCUGCAUAUUUAUCUAUGUGGAUGCUGCUUCACUUAAAAGAGUAGCUCCUGAUGCAUUUCCUGUUUCCAGAAAGCUGCUAGACAAUGGCUGAAAAAAAAAAAAAAAAAAAAAAAAAAAACAA